AUGGCACCACCUACUAACCUCAUAUUACGGUACACGGUGGACAAACAUCCUAAUGAUCUCUGUGUCAGCAUGCCACCCAACUCGAAGAAUUCCGAGUUAAAAUCCGCUAUUCGUGUGUACCACGAAGACGGCCCUCUGCGCGAGCUCACCACCGAAAUCCCCAUCUCCCCCCAUGAGACCGUUGAUGAACGCGUGAAAGUGAUGAAGCUGGAACAUGCUACUAUUGAGGAGGCCCAGGGAAAGGUUUGUUCAAUCGCAUCUGACGCUGCGAGCUCAUGGGAGUCCCAACACCUCAUGCUGGCAGUAUGA